AUGGAUCAUCAGCUUCUUCUCUAUCAACCCAUCGAUCCGGCCCUUCGACCACUCUUGGACCCUGAAUAUGUUGCAUUCCACGAGCGAUAUAUGCAAUAUGUCGUUCCGGAUGAGAUGCUGGCAUGGGACGGUUCGGCUCGUACGCUGUCUUCCAUCCCAUAUGGAGGCUCCACACCUGUCAAGGUUGGCCGUAUGGUCGAUAUUAAGUUGGAGCAUUGCAGCGUCCGUGUGUUCGUUCCGAUGCUGAAGCCGUCUUACAAGGAUACUAAGCUUCCCGCCCUUCUAUGGCUCCAUGGAGGUAACUGGGCUACAGGCGACCUCUCCAGCGAAAAUGACUUCUGUACUCAGAUCUGCCAAACAUCACAAUGUGUAGUCGUGACCGUUGACUACCGCCUAGCGCCAGAAAAUCCUUAUCCCGCAUUGGCCGAAGACGCGAUCGAAGCUUUCCAGUGGCUGUUCAAACAUGCUGUUCCUCAAUUCGGAAUUGAUGCUGAUCGAGUCGCUGUUGGUGGACAUUCUACAGGUGCGAACCUAGCUGCCGCAGCCGUUCUAGAAGCAGCAUGCCUCUUCCCUUCUCUGAAGCCAUGUCUCCAACUUCUGAUCCUCCCCGUGAUCGACAACACUGCACUGCCCGGUCAAGGCUGGACCAGCAACCUCAACGCACCCUGGAUGACUCCAUCAAGGCUGCUGUACUUUCGGGCAAUGUACCUUCAAGGCAACCAUCGGCGGGAAGACUGGCAGAUUUCACCGCAUCUCGCGCAAAGCAAGAUUCUCAAAAGAGCUCCGAGGGCCUGGAUCGCCGUGGCGCAGUUCGACCUGCUUGCGGCGGAGGGCAUGAAAUAUGCGCAAGUCUUGAAGGCCGCGAAAGUUAAUGCCGAGGUGAAGAUGUACGAAGGUUCGACGCAUUCCCUUUUCGAGCUCAAUGGUAUGUCACAGGGAGGAGCGGACGUUUGUUGA